UUUCUUUUUUUGUGUGUGUGUGUGUGUGUGUACUCUAUUAUGCGUUCAAAGUCGCUAGCUAAUCAAACAGCAAAGUGGAUACAAAGCUUAACUUCUGUUUGCGAAGGAGAUAUAAACCAUGCAAAACGACAAUUAGUUUGGUUAAAACAGAAAGUGAUAUCUGAUACAGGGAGAGAAUGUGUUUUGCAACAAGACAUAGAUCUACUUGAUCAAUAUGUUGAUCAGCGUGUUAGAGAGCACAAGCCUCUGCAAUAUAUCUUAGGUACGCAACCAUUUUGCGACUUGGACAUUGUUACGCGACCUCCUACAUUAAUUCCUCGGUAAUGCACAAAUAUAUUGUGCGUGUGGAACUAAUUGUUAAACAGAUGGGAGACAGAAGAAUGGACA